ACCAGAGGGAAUGUUUACUUGUGCAGAAGUCUUUCUCAUGUGGAAACACGCUGCUCCCUAACUCCUGGCUAAGCAGACUACAGUUCGCCAACUUUGCUGCCGUACAGCACGCGUAACUCUUUGGCAGGAUGGCAGACAAAAGAACAGCCGGUGCAAAGCAAUAGGGGAUUCAUAGCAAGGAGGAGGAAAGAAAAUCACAAACCUUUCACCUGCACCAUUGACAUCCGACGAUUGUCACAGCAGCAGUUGCGACGGGACAAGCUGAAGCCACCAUGCGCAGGUCUAGCACCGAUGAGUCGACCUAUCACAGGAGCCCUUCCCUGGACAGCAAGGAUUACAGUUUCCCAAAUGGCGCCUUUCGUCGCUACAGCAGCAUGUAUGGCGGCCAGUUUGGGACUGCCAGCAACUCUUUUUUUGGAUUUCACACCAACCCAGGCCCUAAGGCCACCAAGGCUAAGUACACGUCCCCCAAGGGAAACAAGUACGUUGUCUUUUACCUGGAUCUCUCGUUUAUUUUUCUCCUAGAACUGAAGAGGUGCAGCAUGGCUCACAACUGCCUGCAGUGUAUCAAGUACCUAAUGUUUGUCUUCAACCUUCUCUUCUGGUUGGGAGGCUGUGGAAUCCUCGGCGUAGGCAUCUGGCUGGCUGUUACCCAAGGGAACUUUGCCACCCUCUCCCCUACUUUCCCGUCCCUGUCAGCUGCCAACAUACUGAUCGUCACGGGGACAUUCAUCAUGAUCAUUGGCUUCGUGGGCUGCAUAGGCGCCAUCAAAGAAAACAAGUGCCUCCUGCUGAGUUUUUUUAUCAUGCUGUUAAUUAUAUUUGUGUUGGAGCUCAUUGUUGUGACUCUGUUCUUCCUCUACUCCGAUAAGAUUGACAAAUACGCUCAGCAGGAUCUGAAGAAAGGGCUUCAUUUGUAUGGGACAGAAGGAAAUAUUGGCCUAACUAACGCAUGGAGCAUCAUUCAAACAGAUUUCAGAUGCUGUGGAGUCUCCAACUACACGGACUGGUUUGAAGUCUACAACGCAACCCGGGUGCCGGACUCCUGCUGCUUAGAAUUCAGCGAGAACUGUGGCCUCCACUCCCCAGGGACCUGGUGGAAAGCGCCUUGCUAUGACACAGUGAAAGUAUGGCUCCAGGAGAACUUACUAGCAGUGGGAAUCUUUGGAUUGUGCACAGCUAUGGUGCAGAUUCUCGGACUCACCUUUGCAAUGACCAUGUAUUGUCAGGUAGUCAAGGCAGACACCUACUGUGCAUAGAUACCAUUCCCGAUCUUUCUGCUCCUCCUCCAAAGGACACAGGAGAAAUCUCCUUCAUGUUCAUUCAUCUGACCUUUUUUUCUCCCCCCCUUUGUACUAUGAACUGUGUAUAAUGCUAUCUUUCUGAAGAUUUUGUGAGUCACCCCACUUUACUGAAGGAGGAAGAAAAUAAAAAGUCAGUACUUGAACUGGCACAGGUAAGAAGCAGCCUUGUCUUUAAACAGAAGAAAACCUCCAAAGAGCAAUGGUUCCUUGUCCACGGCCCAUGGCGAGGCAAAGGAAACGGCAUUGGAGGGGCUGAUCCGCAAACGGAUGUUAGGAAAGGAUUGCACGGAGGCAACCUCUGCACCAGCUGCCAGGUUACCUCCCCACGUGUCACCGUCUGGAAGAGAGGGCAUAGAAAAUGAAAAAAUGAGUAUUCUUCAGCGUGGAAAGAAGGUAGAGUAGCUAGCACUGAAUGCAAUUGUAAUUUUAUUACAGUUUGCACGCAGUUAAAAUGUCAAGAUCAAGCAGCCCUGCCUCCAAGUGUCUCAAGAUGAUUUUGUAGCCAGGAGAGGAUCAUGUUCAGAAAUAUAUUACUUUAAAGGAAUAUUAAAGGAGUCUUACAUGCUGCAAAGUCAGGCUUUUAAUCAGAAUCUGUACAGUGAGAUCUGGCUGUUAAGGGAAAACAACAUUGGACAUUGUCUUGCUUAUUAAUUGCCAGUGGCAUAUAGAUGGUUGACUGUAUAUGUAAUAUAUAUUACAUUCAUAUACACAUGCUGUUCCAAAAGGUGAAAAUAGCCAGCAUCUAACCUCGGAAAGAGGGAACCUUACUAUCCCAUUUUACAUUCCAACUGAAAUAACUGAGAAACAAGUAAUUACUUUCAGCUGUAUGUUCAUUUCAGUAAACAACUUGUGAGUGGGCUCUCUCUGUCA